UGGACAUGCAGGAUUCUCGGUUCCAUUGGCGCUAUGCCGAAAAGGGCAGGAGCUGCAUGUCUCAACCUCAGCUGGAGACAGGACCUCGACUCUCCAUGCACCUGCACAAACCUCCGCAUUCUCUAGAUCCAGGCACAAGAGACGGGUCAAUGGUUUGUCACAAUACGCUCCUAGCGUGACGAUUCGCGUCGCACCAGAUUGGAUGCCAUAAGCUGUAUGUGCCGUACUUUUGUACCGUGCUCGUGGACAAAGAAUCCAACUCCCGUGUCCAGCUUGCCUUUUCUCAUUAUGUUACUUGCUGCCCCGGAGAGAAUUUAUUUCCAGAACCCACAUCACAUUAUUCUGAUCCUUUCCGCGGAUGUGAUACAAUGGAGUAUCGACUGCUACCUUCCUGCGUGGAGCUUAUCCACGUUUUCUCCGACUCUGCAUUGUUGGCGACGGUCCAGACAGUCGUACGAUGCAGAAGGGGUGGGCCACUCAUCAGAAUAUGUCGACUACAUCGGAGGAUAGGAGAAUGGUAUCUCUAGUAUAGACCCCACACAAAUAAUGAGUGGGACAAGGAUGCUGGAAGGAUUUGAAUCCUUCUAUUCUCCAUGGCCACCGAUCAGGACUUGGCAAAUGUUGGGGGCCAGCCGACAGUCAACUUGCUAUGGGCCGUGCUGGCAAGCUAACGUCUUCCACUUUUUCACCUCGCAAAUUGGAUUGGCACUUUUUCAGCAUUUGGAUUUGUAUCGGUGCCCAUCUUCCGUCCGGACGCUUCGGCGCUGAACCUUACUUUUAGUUUGUGAUGCGCCAAAUCUCAUGCUGGACUAGUCGGCUCCUUGCUGAGGUUCCCGAGACUAGUACGCCCAUGCAUGAUGUAUUGGGAAAAGAAUGGCCAUGUUUUCCAGGUCUCGAUGGUGCAAAUCUCUUGCAGAAAAGCCUAAUUGGAUACCGAUCCGUAUACGGAGAUUGGAGAAUAAAAUGUCUAUAAAUAUAAAUCCCAUAUAGAGGUGGCCUGGACUGAGGAAACUACCGGGUCCUUGAUGCAUUCUGCAUUCCUUUGAAUAAUACUUUCGUUAAACAAAGGCCAGAAAAAAAAAAGAGUCCGACUGGGAAACAUGGAGCAGCUUAUUCCGUGUUAUUUUCCGUCGUUCAGCGUCUCAACGACUCAGGCAAGGCACCUUGAGUCGUCGAGCCUGACAUUGUCGGACCGUGACGCUGGUCAACUGGUGUCUGCUGCGUCUACCCACACCCUGGACGCGCUGCUCCGGACUGCUUGGGCCUUGGUCCUUCGUUGUUAUACCGGAUCCGACGAAGUUUGCUUUGGCUACCAAUCGAGUGGUAGACAGGAAAAUGGACAUUCGUUGUCAUCGUCGCCUCCAGUACCUAUUUCCGCCGUUUGCAUCAGCAUUUCAGAUAGCGACCGUCUGGACGAUAUUACACAUAGAUCUCGACUGCACGAUGUGUCUAUAGACGCAAUGCAGGGUGUUUAUCCUUUUAAUACAAUAGUACUUCUGCGAGAAAACGUUUCGGCCAACUUCGGUUCUCCCUCCUUAAUAGAACAGUCUGAGAAUGAUGUUCAUAGCCUACCCGAAAAGUGCCGUAUUCGGAUUCGCGCCGACAUCCUUCCUAACGAUGUGAAAGUCUUCCUCGAGUGGUGGAGUAAUGAGAUGUCCUCGGAACAGAUAAAGCGUGUGAACAGGUUGUUUGGACAGGCUCUCAGCCACCUUCUGGCCGGCAGAGACCGCACUGUAGGGCAGCUCAGGCUCUUCACGGAGGAAGAUUGGAAGACAAUUUCCAAAUGGAACGAGGCUCUUCCACAAACUCAAAAUCGCUGUAUUCACGACAUUAUCCAGGAGCAGGUCCGGCGGGGGCCAGCGAAAGAAGCUAUCAAUGCUUGGGAUGGAAGACUAACAUACAGCGAGUUGGAUUCGUUGUCCUCCCGCCUAGCACAUUCCCUGCAAUCAAGGGGCGUAGAACCUGAAGUUUGCGUUCCCCUGUUUUUUGAGAAAACGAAAUGGUACAUUGUAGCCAUGCUUGGUGUUCUGAAAGCUGGAGGAGCUUUCGUUCCUAUGGACCCAUCGCAUCCUCCCAACAGACUACAGUCCCUAAUUAGGACCGUGGGGGCUAGAAUUAUACUUUGCUCUUCGUCUCAUACGAAGAUGCUCCAGAAUGUGACAAGUGUGCCGGUGGUGACUGUGGACGAUUCACUCAUGCGCCAUUGCAGAACAGAGGCACUUGUGUCUUCUGAAGUCCAUCCCGGUAACGCAGCUUAUGUCAUCUUUACUUCUGGCUCUACGGGGAAACCCAAGGGCACAUUGAUUGAACAUCGCGCGUUUUGCUCUAGCGCUCAUGCCCAUAGUGCACCGCUGCGGAUCGAUUCUGAUAGUCGAGUCCUUCAAUUUGCAGCACAUACUUUCGAUGCCAGCCUUGCGGAGAUCUUGUCCCCGUUGAUGAAUGGGGCGACCGUCUGCGUGCCGAGCGAGGAAUCUCGCUUGAACGAUCUGGCAGGAGCCAUCAACAAUCUGAACGCUAACUAUAUGUCCCUCACUCCGUCGGUGGUCGGGUUUUUGGAGCCUUCCAUGGUUCCCAAUGUUAAGACCGUGAUCCUUGCCGGCGAAGCAAUGUCUGAGUUGCAACGCGACACAUGGUGCAAAAUCGACUUGGUCAAUGGAUUUGGUCCUACAGAGACGUCCAUCACGUCUGCUGUCAACUCCAAGGUUACAGAAUACACGGAUUGCAAAGAUGUCGGCCAGCCAGUUGGAGGACGAUGCUGGAUCGUGGACCCACAAGAUCAUGACCGGCUGGUCCCUGUGGGUGCCCCAGGUGAAAUGCUCGUGGAGGGUCCAUCUCUCGCCCGAGGUUAUCUGAAUGACCUACGGAAAACGGCAGAUGUGUUCGUUUACGACCCAGCCUGGGCUGUAGAGAGAAGCUAUGCCCGGAGAAGACGGAGAUUCUACAAAACGGGAGACAUGGUAAGGUAUAAUUCAGACAAUGGAGGGCUGACAUAUCUAGGAAGAAAAGAUACUCAGGUAAAGCUUCACGGACAGCGUGUGGAGCUAGGUGAAAUUGAAAGCUGCCUUAUGGCAGAUACGCAUAUUCAACAUGCGAUGGUUCUCGUUCCGAAAACAGGCUUUGCCAGGGAGAAACUCGUGGUCGUCUUCUGCCUCUCAGACCCCCAGAAGGCGCGGUCCGAUCAGAAAGCCGAAGAAAUCGUGCUAGACAAAUCCCCUGCGAAACGCAACCGUAUCGCUAUACUACGAAAGCGACUGGGUACAAAACUGCCAUUGUAUAUGGUUCCGACGAUAUGGCUUAAUGUAGAGUCAAUGCCGCUUCUUGCCUCGGGUAAGCUUGAUCGCAAGAAGGUGGGCAAUUGGCUCUCCGAGAUAGAAGACGACCCCGAGCUGGAGGCCGACGAAGAUCAAACACAACUUAACUCGGCCAGUGACACUGAGCGGGAGUUAGCUCGGAUUUGGGGCCGAGUCUUGAACAUUCCCGAGAACCGAAUAAAGUUGACGGAAAGCUUUCUCAGGCUGGGAGGCGAUUCGCUGGCAGCUAUGACCUGUGCCAGUCAAUGCAAAAAGGCCGGUAUUGGAUUGACUGUGCAAGAUAUUCUCCGCUGUCGCUCCAUCCAAGAUCUAGCCCGCAAUGUUCCCGCCGUCCAAACCCCAUCGAUAACGUAUGAAGAAAAGCUGGAUGAGCCUUUCGAUCUGUCGCCUAUUCAGUACCUUCACUCCAUCGUCCGGAAAGAGGAUCAGGGUUAUUUCAACCAGAGUGUCCUCACGCGAUUGAACAGGAGGAUCGAUGGACAUUCUUUGAAGACUGCUGUUGAGGCGUUGGUCGCCAGGCAUUCAAUGCUCAGAGCUCGAUUUUCUACAGGUCCGGGGGGUAAAAUGCAGCAGCAUAUCACUCGAAAGGUCCAUUCUUCGUAUCGUCUCCGAUAUCACAAAACCGAGAACCUCAAUGGUAUCGAACAGAUUAUGGCAUGCAGCCAGCGGUCUAUCGAUUGCUUCGUUGGACCCGUCAUUGCAGUAGACCUGAUCGAGGUUGAAGAAGAGGGCCAACUCAUGUUUCUUGUGGCCCAUCACCUCGUCGUGGACAUAGUUUCCUGGCGACUGAUACUGGAGGAUCUGGAAGAGAUGCUUUUGGAGCCCGAAAAGGCGGCAUUGGCACGUUCCUCUCUGCCAUUCCAGACAUGGUGUUCCCUGCAAGCGGAACAGAGUGCUUUUCAUCCAUGCGAGGAACUUGAAUCAUUCCCACCAAACGAUCUGUCCAUCUGGGGAAUCGAUAAUUCUGCCGUUACCUAUGGUGAUGUGGAGUGCUCAACGUUCGAAGUCGAUGCAGAAAGUACGAGCCUUAUCCUGACCGAAUGUCAUGGCAGUGCGAACACGGAAGCCGUGGAUAUUCUCCUCGCCUCUCUACUUCAAUCUUUUGGGAAAGCCUUUCCACGCGGCCCUGUUCCCGUCAUCUACAAUGAAGGGCACGGAAGGGAGGCUUGGGAUUCUUCUAUUGACAUUUCACGGACCGUCGGAUGGUUCACUACCCUUUAUCCCAUCUGGGUACAGGAUGUUUCUCAGAAGCAUCCUGUUGAAACGGUUCUCCGCGUCAAGGAUAUACGUCGCCGAGCUGUAGACAAUGGCAGGGCUUUCUUCGCAUACUCUACGUUGACUGAGGAGGGUCGGAAGAAAUAUCCUCAUCCCACCCCGAUGGGGAUCAGUUUCAACUAUCUGGGUCAAAAUCGGGAUCUUCAGAACAAAGCCGGUCUCUUCCGUCUAGCAGAUCAAAUGGUCGGAGAGACUCGAGAAGGCGGUGGCUCUGCGGACUUUGGUCGUGAUACUCCUCGCUUCGCCCUGGUUGAGAUCUCAGCUGCUGUGGCGAACGGUCGACUCCGCUUUACUUUCUCCUUCAACAAAGCUAUGAGACACCAAGACCGCUUGCAGUCGUGGAUAUCACACUGUCAGGAUGUUUUGGAGAGCCUUCCGCGCCAGAUGUUGUCUCUGGCUCCGACCCGAACGUUGAGCGACUUCCCAAUGCUCCCAAUGAAUUACGAUGACUUCCAGAAGAUUCAAUCUUCUAUUUUGCCUAACUAUGGCGUUACCUCUAUCGAGGAGGUAGAAGAUAUGUACCCAUGUACCCGCAUGCAGCAAGGGAUUCUGCUCAGCCGCUGUCGCAAUCCCUCCCUUUAUGCAGUGCACACGACAUUUGAAGUCAGAGACCAGCGAGGAUUGGGAUCCUGUAGGGACCGCCUAAUGAAAGCUUGGAAUAAGAUGCUCACACGUCACUCGAUGCUCCGGACAAUCUUCGUGAACAAACUGACUUCCAGGGUUCCAUUUGGCCAAGUUGUCCUCAAAGAUAGUAUUCAUUUUCAGCCAAACUAUCUGGAAUGCGCGAACGAGGACCAGGUGGUGCCGACCUUCGACAAUCAGAAACCAGUUGCGACUCAUUCUGCAUGUCGAUUUUCAAUCUGCAGGAUCCGGAAGGGAAAGAUCUUCUGCCGAUUAGAAAUGAACCAUGCUGCUAUGGAUGGGGAGUCGAUUUCCAUCCUCCUCCGCGACUUGCGGCAAGCGUAUGCUGAAAGUGGCGACGUCUUGCCAAUUCCCCAGUUUAGAGACUUCUACAGCCAUCUUGAAAGCCUAACACCAGCGGCAGGAGUUGAUUACUGGAGCUCCUACUUGGAGGGUGUGAAGCCUUGUCAUUUCCCGGUCAAUAGUGCGACGAUUGGAGUGACGAGCGCCCUGCGUACUAUGAGGCUUGACUUCCCUGGAUGUGACCGACUGAACCAACUCUGCAAAGCCGUUGGGAUUACUCCAUCAACUGUUUUCAACGUCGCCUGGGGUCUAGUGCUGUCUACUCUCGUCGAUUCCGACGAUGUCUGCUUUGCUUAUACAACCUCUUUACGAGAUGCUCCAGUGAAAAAUAUCGAGUCUGUUGUUGGCCCGGUUAUGAACCUCACUGUCUGUCGCAUACAGUUACCGGCAACCUCAAGGCUGUUGGAUGUAUUUCAGUGCGUCCAAAACGACUACACUGAGAGCAUUCCUCACCGGUCAUGUUCCCUUAUCGAUAUUCAACAUCGUUUGAAAUUGUCCAGAACUUCCCUGUUCAACACCGGUCUCUCUUACAGGAAGUUAGCGGACGAUAACUCACGUGGUACCCAUCCGGUAGAAUUUGUGCAGAAGGGCUUGAUUCACGACCCAGCCGAGACAUGUGUUUAUGUGAAUGUCGAGGCGACCGACAGGGAGGCGCAAAUUGAGCUGAAUUAUUGGACCGAUUGUCUGUCAGACAAGCAAGCAGAGGUCGUGGCCAAAGUAUUCUGUGACCACUUGGAUGCGAUCAUCAACGAUUGCUCGAAGGAGAUUGGCCAAUUGAACAUUUCAACGGAACGGAAGACGUUGAUUCAAGGACCCAACUACGCUUCAGAGAGCUAUUCACUGGAUUUCGAAACGGAGCCAUGUUACUUACCUGCAUUAGGUUCUUCUACGGAGAUCGGCAUCAAGUCGGAGAGAAUCAACAUUGAGCGAUCGGAAGAGCUUCGCAAAUUCUGUUUGAAAAAUGAUGUCCCCGCCUCAUCGAUAUUUGAGCUUGUCUGGGGCUUGAUUCUCCGUCUGUACUCGGGCGCGGUUGAAGUGUGCUUCGGGGUUCUCAGUAUUACUGACUAUGCAGAGACUGACAACUUCGGUAAUUUGUCUGUCAGCGGUAUCAUCCUGAACAAUGAAGUUUCUGUUUUGGAAGCUUUGCAAAAGUUGAUGGCCAAUUCGGUCCAAACGUCGCAGCGUCAGAUUCCAUCUUCGCAAUUCUUGCGAGGGUCGAAAGAUGAGUAUCCAUUCAAUUCGAUUAUCUAUACGCAGCCAGCUAUUGGCAAAGACAUCACUCCUGCAGUUAUCAAGAAGCUUCUGAUCUCUGCAGCAGCUAGCGCUUUAGUUAAAGUGUCACUUUCGAGUGCAACUACGACAGUCGAUAUCCACUUUUCCUCAGAUCGAAUUUCCAAGCCUUUUAUUGAUAACAUAGUCUCUUGCUUCAAGUAUCUGCUCUAUCAGAUAAUCGAAGCCGACCUUUUCUCUUUGAAAAUCGAUGAUCUCAACUUCUUCGACGACUUGACCUGCUCCCGUGUCCGUGACUGGAAUCGAGCUGUACCCGACAAAUACGAAAAAUGCGUCCACGAAGUGAUUGAAAUGCAAACAUGGCUGGGUAGGACAUUUGCUCCAGCUAUCUGUGCAUGGGACGAAGAAAUGACUUAUUCCGAACUUUGGGCUGCGUCUACUCGGUUGUCUCACCACUUACGGAGGAUGGGAGUGGAGCCUGAGACUAUUGUUGCACUUUGCUUUGACAAAUCUGCUUGGGCUAUUGUUUCCCAGCUCGCUGUCCUUCAAGCGGGCGGCGCUUUUGUUUCGCUGGAUCCCUCACAUGCCGAAGGCCGCUUGCAGACCUUGGCCGAACAGGUCCAAAGCCCCCUUGUUCUAUGCUCUCCGGCUCACUAUGCUAAGUCUUCCCGGAUCUGCAAGACUGCUUAUGCUGUUGACCGGCAUGCCGUUGACGGCCUCCCGGAUACUGCGCCUCCUGCUGGUUCCCUUAACGCCACACCUCGAAAUGCUGCUUAUGUUGUAUUCACAUCCGGUACAACGGGAACACCGAAAGCGAUAGUCAUUGAGCAUGCUUCUCUCACAACGGCGGCGAUGAAAUGGAAUAGAGCUCUCUUUUACAACUCCGAGACUCGUGCUUUCCAGUUUUCAAACUUCACCUUCGACGCCAGUAUCAUGGAUACAUACUUCACCUUGUUGAACGGUGGUUGUCUUUGUAUUCCCAGCGAAGAAGAACGCAUGAACGAUCCAGCAGGUGCCGUGAGACGAACGAAUGCAAAUCUCAUGACGGCCGUUCCAAGUUUUAUCAAUAACAUAAAUCCCGAUUCCAUCCCCUCUGUCAAGACGCUUAUCAUGGGAGGAGAGAAAAUGCCGCUAGGUGCCAUUGAAAAGUGGAAGGACCGCCGUGUUAUUAAUGCAUAUGGGCCAUCUGAAGCUACGAUUACAGCAGCUUCCAGCAUCAAGACUCCUGGUGAUGGCACUAUUGUGAACCGGGACUGCAGUGAUAUUGGCAUCAACCACUGUGGCCGCACGUGGAUAGUCGAUCCUAGUAACUACAACAGGCUUGUUCCAAGUGGAGCGGUCGGCGAGCUGGUAUUGGAAGGCCCCAAUGUCGGCCGUGGAUAUUUCAACAAUGAAGAGAAGACCAAGCAGUCCUUUAUCAUUGACCCUGCUUGGGCCAGAGACCCACGACUUCAGGAUAUAUUCUCGAAGAAGGAGCGCAUGUACCGGACGGGAGAUCUGGUUCGGUAUACUGCGGACGGAACUCUGUCUUUUCUAUCUCGAGCAGACACUCAAAUCAAACUUAAUGGUCAACGUAUUGAGCUGGGGGAGAUUGAAUAUCACUGCGCCGCCCUGUUACCGUCCACCAGCCAAGUGGUAGUUGAAAUGAUUACCCCAAGGCAACGCACGAUUGCCCCAGGACUAGCUGCUUUCUUUACUUCAUCCCUCGAGGAGGGUGAAUCAGGCGAAAGCUCCGAGUUACUCCUUCCUCUGACCGCGUCACGUACGAAACUCGUGGAACAGCUUCGCACUGGACUGCUCGACCGUCUACCAUUUCUUUGGAUCCCUAAGUUCUAUUUCCCGAUUCGCUACAUGCCGCGAAGCGCUUCAUCUAAGCUGGACCGUCGCAAACUUCGCGAGACUGCUGAGCCACUUUCGAAAGCAGAUAUGGAAUCCCAGCCAGUGUCUACUUCGAGCAAACAACGGUCGACCGGAAACGGGUUGGAAGCAAAGCUUCGCACGCUGUGGGAGCAGGUAAUGAAUCUCGUUACCGGAUCUGUCGCCGAUGAUGAUAACUUCUUUGGACUGGGAGGAGAUUCGCUUGCCGCUAUGAAUCUAGUCAGCGCGGCGCAAUCUCAGGGAAUCUCUCUGAAUGUCAGUGACGUCUUCCAACACCCAGUCCUCCUAGACUUGGCGAGCGUUUGCGAGGUAAGCACCAUCACGGAGGUAGCUGCAAUCAAACCAUUCGAGCUUCUUCCAGCCUAUGUUCCAGUCGAAGAGGUCAUGGAGGAAGCCGCAGAUUAUUGUGAUGUCCCAGUAUCUUCCAUUGUGGAUAUAUACCCAUGCAGUCCUGUUCAAGAGGGCCUCAUCACUUCGUCGACCACGCAAGAAGGAGCAUACGUUGCUCGCUGUGUCUAUUGUCUUGCGGACUCCGUUGAUUUGAAGGACUUCAAGGCAGCCUGGCAAAAGACGGUAGACGAGUUGGAAAUCCUUCGCACCCGCAUUGUUCAUACAGCAGAGGCCAACUUCUGUCAAGUUGUCCUCAAGCCAGCCCCAAUUCAAUGGGUACAGAGGGAUAUCCCUCCCACCGCGUCAGAAAACCUACCAGCGUUGCCCAGUGAGCAAGGAGGCCCCUUGACCCAGUACGAGAUUGCCGAAACUAAAUCUUCCCGCUAUUUCAUUUGGUCGUUGCAUCAUGCGAUCUAUGAUGGUUGGAGCAUGCCGUUGAUUCUACAGCAGACAGAAGCAAACUACCUCCUAUCCACUGGCCGACCGAUUGUAAGCUACAAUCUAUUUAUUCAGUAUCUUCAGCAACGGGACUUGGCUGAGAGUGACGAAUUCUGGAAAUCCUAUCUCUCUGGCUUCAGCUCACCAUCAUUCCCGCCAAUCAAGGGUACAAAGGGCGGCAAAGUAAGCACUGGUAAACAGCAACAUGUCAGCAUGGAACUACGUCAAUCCGUUCCCAAUGUUGAUAUGACGUUGCCAGUAAUGGUUCGAGCAGCAUGGGCGUUGGUUAUUGCCGGACAGACCGACUCUGGCGAUGUGUGCUUUGGAGAGACUCUUAUGGGCAGAAACAUCAACUUGCCAGGAGUAACUGAGAUGGUUGGGCCGGUCCUUACCACUGUUCCGACUCGAGUCAAGGUGAACAAGCAGUCCUCUAUCCUGUCAUAUCUCAGCGAAAUAAACCAGCAGACAAUCGAUGCUAUUCCUCACCAGCACUCCGGAAUUCAGCGGAUUCGUAAACUCAGUCAGGAUGCGUCCGCGGCUUGCGACUUCCAGAACCUCCUUGUGGUACAAACAGAGGGACAGGAGGUUAAUGACAAGCUUUGGAAAUUCGAAGAACUUCAUGCUAGCAAGGAAUUCUUUACUUAUCCACUUGUGGUCGAGUGUAAGAUUGCCGGAAGCCAGGUUCGCGUGACUGCCCACCAUGAUGAAGCCAUCGUCGCUGGCUGGAAGGUCCAGAGGUUGAUUAACCAGUUCAACUUCCUUCUUGAGCAAUUAAUCGAAAUGCCCAAGCAAGAUGAUCGGACGUUGGCAGACCUUGAUUUCGUUUGCCAUGCCGACAAAGAGCAAAUCGCAGACUGGAACAAAGGCCGUAAUCCUCCUGUUGAGAGGUGCAUCCACGAUGUCAUCCAGGAGCAAUUGGCUCUGCAUCCAGAAAGUCAAGCUAUUUGCGCAUGGGAUGGUGCACUCACUUACAGGCAGAUGUGGAACCUCUCCUCAACUCUUGCCAGUUAUCUCAUUUCCCUCGGAGUUGGUCCAGAGAAGUUUGUUCCGAUCUGCAUGGAUAAAUCAGUCUGGGCUGUCGUCGGGGUCUUGGGUAUUUUGAUAGCCGGUGGUGCCUUCGUUCCUCUUGACCCUGCUCAUCCAAAGUCACGCCAUGACGAAAUUAUCGACGACGUGGAUGCCGAAUUCUUGAUCUGCACGCCCAAAUAUGGCCACAAGUAUACGGCUCAAGUGAAGAAUAUUAUUCCAUUGGAUGGACAGAUAAUCGAAACGCUUCCAGCAAGCCUGUCACAGGUCCGUCCAAACAAGCGGCCCACGAGCUCGAAUAUGGCCUUCGCCCUUUUCACGUCUGGCAGCACGGGCCGUCCUAAGGGUAUCGUCACGGAACAUGCAUCGCUACUCAGCAGCGUCAUGGCAUUCGGUCCUGUUGUCAACCUCGCACGUGGCACUCGUGCUUUCCACUUUGCUUCACUCACUUUUGAUGCUGCCGUGAUGGAAGUUCUGGGAACUUUAGUCUUCGGGGGUUGCGUCUGCGUCCCCAGUGAGGAGGAGCGUCUGAAUCAUAUCUCGGGUGCCAUCCGUCGCAUGAAUGUUUCAUGGGCCUUCUGCACACCAUCAGUGGCUUCUAUUCUCGAACCCUCCAGUGUCCCGUCCCUGAAAACUCUUGUAUGUGGUGGUGAAAUGCUCUCCGUGGAAGUCAUUAAGAAGUGGUCUCAGUGUGCAACACUCAUCAACGGUUAUGGUCCCACAGAGACUACGAUUUUUGCAACACUGAACACAGGUAUUUCGCCCUCCACAGAGCCGGCAUGUAUUGGCCGCGGCAUUAAGUCGACCUGCACCUGGAUCGUGGAUCCCGACGAUCACAAUAGAUUGGUACCUGUGGGAGAAAUUGGCGAGCUCGCUCUGUCCGGUCGUCCUCUGGCUAGGGAAUACCUUAAGAGACCCGAAAAGACUGCCACUGAAUUUAUCGAAAACCCCAGAUGGGCGUCUCACUUCCCCGGUACAUCUGCGCGGAGAAUCUACAAGACUGGUGACUUGGUUAGGUACUACCCUGAUGGCUCUGUGGAGUAUCUCGGACGCAAGGACCAUCAGGUGAAGCUGCACGGCCAACGUAUGGAGCUGGGCGAGAUUGAGUCGCGUCUCGGUCAAAUGAACAAGAUAAGGCAUUCUGUUGUUUUGCUCCCAAAGACUGGCCUCCUCAAAAAGCGUCUUAUUGGUGUCCUUUCUCUGAAUGGUGUCACCGGAGGGGAUACCAGUCUUAUUUCAAAAGGCGACUGCGAGCUGGUCGAUGAAACCGUCAUGGAGAGCGCUGGUAUAUCUGAAAUCCGGAAAUCCUUGGAAAGCCAGCUACCCAAAUACAUGGUCCCUCAAGCUUGGGUCGUCAUACGCUCACUUCCGAUGCUUGUAUCUGGAAAGAUCGACCGAAAACAGAUCACAGCAUGGAUUGAAAAAGUGGACCGACCUACCUAUGAACGCAUCAUGCAAGAUGAGGACAAGAUCGGGAAAGAAGCAGUCAGCAGUGGAUCACAACCAAAGAGUCCCGAGCGCAGUGCAAUGGACAUCCUUAGGGACGUUUGUGCUACGGUAUUGAACCUCUCUGCUUCUAAUUUGGAUGUGAAUCGAUCAUUUAUCAGCCUUGGCGGUGAUAGUAUCAGUGGAAUGGCCUUCGUUUCCCGCGCUCGCAAGCAGGGUCUCAUCAUAAAGCUGCGCGACAUCCUUCAGGUCUCCUCUAUCAAGGAACUCGCACAGUCCGCUACUUUUAGAGAGACCGUACGAAAUAAAUCGGACGAAACUGGCAAGCUCUUUUCUUUGUCCCCAAUACAAGAUCUCUACUUUAGGUCAGCCGUCAAGCAUAAGGGUGCUAGCCGCUUCAACCAAAGCAUCACUGUUCGGGUUGCGCGACGGAUUGACCAGAACACUCUUCAGGAAGCACUUCGUGCUAUUGUCAGUCGUCAUGGCAUGCUGAGGAGUCGAUUUGUCUUGUCACCAAAUGGUGCUUGCAAGCAGAAAAUCGUGAAGGACGUUGAAUCUUCAUAUAGGCUGCGGAACCAUGUGAUGGAAGCCAAUGCUAGUCUGCAACCAAGGAUAGCCGAAACACAAUGCUCUCUCGACAUUGAAGCCGGUCCAAUCUUGGGGGCAGAUCUGUUUACUAUUGCUGGAGACGAACAAGUAUUGUUCCUUGUCGCUCAUCAUCUAUGCAUUGACAUGGUAUCCUGGCGUGUUGUUCUCCAAGAUCUCGAAGAUUUCCUACAGACAGGGGUUCUGAGCACCGAGAUCCCGUUAUCCUUCCAAAGCUGGUGCGACAUGCAGCAGGCCAAGGGAUCAGCGGAACAGGGCAACUAUAAGGCUGGAUUCGUUAAUGAAGCCUCUAACAGUGACUAUUGGGGCAUAGAGAAUACGCGAAAUACUUAUGGUCAAGUGAAGACAAAGACCAUAAAAAUGGAGAAGGAGUUAACUGAAUCGGCCCUUGGAAGUUGGCAUGAGUCUCUCCAGACCGAACCUCUGGAUCUUCUCCUCGCAGUUGCUUUCCAUUCCUUCUCUCAAACCUUCACAGACCGAGAGCUUCCUGUCAUCUACAACGAAAGCCAUGGCCGACAAUCGUCUGACCCAGGUGUGGACGUAUCUGGAACAGUUGGCUGGUUCACUGCACUACAGCGUCUUCGUGUGUCAACCUUAUCAGGCAACAUUUUGGAUACCAUGCGUCAGAUUAAGGAAAACAGGGAGGGCUCUCACAAUCUAUCUGACUUUGCCAAUUGCCCUCGUCCUCUUGAAAUCAUGUUCAACUACCUCGGCAAACUCCAGCAGUUGGAACGUCAAGAUUCUUUGUUCCAACACUAUGGCCAGGUCUUUACCGAAGAAGAUAUGACUUCUUUCGGGGAUAUGGGUCCCGAUACUGCUCGGUUCGCUCUGUUUGAACUGACGGCUAUAGUGCUGCAGGAUAGCCUCCAGGUCUCAUUCACAUUCAACAAGAACAUGCGGCGUCAGGGACAGCUCCAGGAGUGGAUCUCUAUGUUUGACAAGACGCUUCGGAGUUCAGUGUCCCAGUUAAGGAGCCUUGCGUCCAACGCAAUGGUUAGAUCAUUUCCCCUCUUGCCAGCAACCCAGGGCGAGUUGCAGCAGCUUAUCGACGAGACAUUGCCGCGUCUGGGAGUAUACGACAAGGAGAACAUCGAGGACAUUUAUCCUUGCUCGCCCGUCCAGGAGGGAAUUCUUCUGAGCCAAUUGCGUGAUCCGAGCUCUUACAUUUUCCACACGGUCUUUGAAGUUACAGACAACAGGUCCAGACGCCCUAUCGAUGCGAACCAGCUUCUCAAUGCUUGGCAGCAGGUCAUCAAUCGUCACCCUAUCAUGAGAACGAUCUUUGUUGAAAGCAAUUACAAAAAUGGCACUUUCGACCAAAUAGUCUUGAAGAAAGUUCCAGCUAACUGCCUGGAGGUCGACUGCGACGGCUCAACUCCCCUAGCAAGACUUAAUGGUGUCAAGAUGCAGGAUCGGGACGCCAACAAUUCUCCUCAACUCCCCCAUCAAAUCACUAUCUGCCAAGAAUCAACUGGCCGUAUGUGGUUGAAGAUAGAAAUGAACCAUGCUCUUAUCGAUGGGGGAUCAGUCUCUGUCCUCUUAAGGGACUUCUCGGCGGCCUACGGCAGCCAGUUACCAACUUCCCCUGGGCCACUGUAUUCUGACUAUGUCAAAUAUCUAAGGACGAGCUCGUACGAAGAAGAUAUCGCCCACUGGACGCGAUAUCUACAUGGCAUUGAACCAUGUCACUUCCCGUCUUCCGGCAGUAUAGGAUUCAAGCGCCAGUUGAAUUCUCUUAAGGUUGGGUUCAAUAGAUAUGAUGCACUGCAGAGACUUUGCCAGAAAGAGUCUAUCACAUUUGCCAACCUUACUCUUGCAACCUGGGCCGUUGUCCUUCGGGUGUUCACCGGGCAAGAUGAUGUCUGCUUCGGUUAUCCGUCUGCUGGCCGCGACGCUCCUGUGAGCGGCAUUCAGGACGGAGUCGGUGUCUUCAUUAAUAUGCUGUGCUGCCGUGUGCAGUUCUCACAGCAACAGAGCUUUACUGACAUUUUCAAGAGUGUGCAAAAGGAUUAUCUCGAUGGUCUUCCUCACCAGAAAUGCUCCCUUGCGCAGAUUCAAAACCAACUUGGCAUGGGAGGAAAGAUGCUCUUUAAUACCACGCUGUCAAUCCAAAAUGAAAUGCCUUCCGAUUUCUCAAUACCUUCCGACUUCACAGGAACGGCUGCCCUGUCGUUCAAAGCGCAAGAGAUACAUGAUCCAAGCGAAUACGCAAUCACCGUGAAUGUCCUUACUGGGAAAGGAAACGAAGGCAUCAUGCUGCGGUACUGGUCUGACAUCAUAUCUGAUAGUCAGGCUCAACGCAUUGCAAGUACCAUUGUCGAGUGCUUCGAGAGCUCUAUACAAGAUCCAUCCCAAUCAAUCUCGACAUUGUCAGAGCUGUCUCGGCGGGGAUCUCAAACACCAGAUGUUGCAACCUUGCAAUCUAACAUUUCCAAACUCAUCGAUGUCCAAUCCCUGCAAAAACUCAUUGAUGACCGUAUACAUGAGGUUAUCAGCCAAAUCCUUGGCAAGGAGGGUCUCCAGAGAAAGUCCUUCACUGGCAACUUGCCGACCCCUGAUGCGAGCCGUCAGAGUUUAGCAACAAGUGUCAUGUCUUACGAUGGACAGUCAAGUACCGGCUCUGUUGAAGCGAAGAUUAAUAAGGUUGAAUCUCUCCCUGAUGAUUCAUCUGCCGACAUCUCUCCCUCGGAAAAACAGGUCCCUUCGGAAAUAGAGCAGAAGCUCUUGGAUCUCUGGAGCACAUCACUGGAGGUUGCGCAAGACAGCAUAAAGCCCCAAGAUAGCUUUUUCAAACUUGGUGGCGACAGCAUUCAGGCGAUGAGAAUGGCUAGUGCCGCUCGCGAGCAAGGUCUGGCAUUGCGAGUGUCCGACAUUUUCCGGUAUCCUCAUUUUGAAGCAAUGGCAGACAUUGUCGCCACAAAGACUAUGGAGUCUGAAAGUCAGGUACCUGGGUCGGAAGAUGGUCGACCUGUGUCGCAAAUGGGGCAAACGGCACCAAUGUAUAGUGCAGUCAAUCUUGACCCAAAAACUCUCCAAGAGAAUAUCUAUCCAAAGAUUGGCCUAUUUAAAGGGGAGGUCAUCGACAUUCUCCCGGUUACUGACUUCCAAGCUAUGUGUCUGACUGGGCAGCAAUUUUCUUCGAGGUGGAUGUUGAAUUACUUCUACUUUGACGGUGCUGGACCAUUGGAUAUUCGACGUCUCGAGGAAAGCUGCGCCAGAGUCAUUGAGACGUUCGACAUUUUACGUUCCGUAUUCGUUUGCUCUGGUAAGCAUUUCUACCAGGUGGUUCUCAAGAAAGUCAAGGUCAAUCUAUCCGUCUAUGAGACGGACAAGCCCUUGGACGAAUUCACAGAGAACUUACAGAAAUGGGACCGUGAACAGCCAUUAAGACAAGGGGAAGUUUUUGUCAAAUUUUUCGUUGCAAAGAAGGCCAACAGCGAUUCUCAUCGCAUUUUGAUUCGUCUGUCCCAUGCCCAAUACGACGGUGUUUGUCUAUCCAAACUCUUGGAUGCCAUGAAACAGGGCUACGAGGCAGGGCCUCUUCCAUUGACCUCCUCCUUCGCCAGCCACAUGCGCCUUCUGUCGAGCAGCGUUACCCCUUGGCAUUACAGACACUAUAGUGCUCUUCUGAACGGCUCUAAAAUGCCACAGAUCAUACGGCGAAAGAGCCCUAAUAACUUCACCUACGUUGGCGCAUGCACUGGAGUGUCAAGAGAGGUUGAAAUCUCUAUGGCAGCCAAUGCCAACAUUACAGUAGCAACAGUUGUCCAGGCUGCAUGGGCUCUAACCCUGGCGAAGAUCUCUGGUCAAUCUGAUGUGGUCUUCGGGUUGACUAUCAAUGGCCGAAAUGCUAGCUUCCCCGGUAUUGAAACAGCUGUUGGUCCUUGCGUCAAUGUGAUCCCCGUCCGGGUGAAAUUUGGCAGACAAUGGAACGGCCUCGAUCUCUUCCGCUAUAUUCAAGACCAGCAAGUCGCCAACAUGCCGUACGAAAACCUGGGCUUCCGAGAGAUUAUCCACCACUGCACAGACUGGCCCAAAUGGUCCUAUUUCUCCACUGCCGUCUUCCACCAGAAUGUGCCAUAUGAAGGUUUUAUUGAGCUGGAUGAGAACCGCUAUCGUAUCGGGGGUGCCGGCGUGGUUGACAACCUCUCGGAUUUAACACUGGUAUCCACGCCCGUCGGCGACACUCACUUCCGAAUUGGCCUCCAUUACUCGGAGAAGGGCCCCAUCAAUUCCGCUUUCGCCUCUCGCCUUCUGGAGAAGGCCUGCGAUGCCAUCGAGGGCCUGACAACGAGACCCAGUGCUCUUCUACCUUCCUCUACCACCCUUGAAUCCCUACCUGUGCACGCGAUUGAUGAUCUUCCCAGACCUUCUGACGAAGAUCGAAUCGCUUCAUAUCUGAAGAUCUAUGAGAUGAAAGACCUCCUCGUCUAUUCCGCUCCCUUGAACCGUGCCUGGCAGCAGGUCCUUCUGCCAGAUCAGAACCCCAAUCGCAUUAAUGGAGACUUGCAUCCCCAUACUUCGUUUUUCUCUCUUGGCGGAGAUGUUUUCAACAUGGCCCAGAUUGCCUGUCUGCUACAGGAGCAAGGCUUUGGAGUCCGUAUUGAGGACCUCCUGGAACACCCCACACUCAUUGGACACAUGUUCGUGCUGCGCAAGCUGUCACAACCAUGAUUUCCUUUGUAUUCUAAGGCACCUGGUCACUUUCAUUUUGUGUUAUUACUAGCUAGAUAAUUGGUAAUAGCUAAUCGAUUAAUU